AUGAAAAGGAAGGGCACGGCAGGACUGGAAUCCCUAGCGUGUCUCGACCAAGUCUUCCUCAUCCGCGCACUGCAGCGCAGUACAUCCAGUGCCCAUGUCCAUAUUGCACCCAACGGGUUCAAAAGCCUGAUCCUUGUCGUUGAUUUUACCGAGCAACUUUCGACUCAGAUGGGAUGGAUGGUUGGAAAGGAGGAGCUCUGGGAAGAGAAGAGCGCCCGGCACCCCGUUACCUUACGCACCACGGUGGGCGUCGCAAUGGUGCGUGCAUCACUGGUCUACAGGAGGAAUGCCGACAGCAAGGACUUCUCGACGGCAAUCGGGGGUUGCCAGGAAUAUGCGCAAAAUAGUACAUGGUUUCGCGCCGCUUCGGGCGUGAAAUGCCGGAAAACGCCCGCAGAUGCCGUCUUGCAAAUGGUAAACUUGCUCAUUCUGCCGCACUGA